CGUUUGUUGACAUUUGUGAAAGACAAAAACAGUGCACGGGAACACAGUGGACUUAUUUUUGGAGGCAAACUGUCGCACCUCGGACAAGACUUAAGUUCCUCAGAUGUUAGAGAAAUUAUAGCUGCACGUACAAACUGGUCGCUACUUAACGUCUAACUACAAGAAAAGACGAAAGGAGAUAAAGAAGAGUAGAUGGACGAGGACAAAACAAACCGUGUCACCCUGAUUACACAAACUGGCUGAAUCAUUCUGACGCGAACCAACUGCAAUAUACUUACUUUAGGUCGCUGAAUGACGCAAAAGUGCGGGUGUAUUAAACUCAUUAGUUUUACACAUUAGUUUUAUUUUCGGCUUUGUGCCCAUAAUUUUUAUUUAUUGCCUGCCUUCGGGUUACAAAAUCGCUUUCUGUGAGGCUAGCACAGUAAGCUAGCUAGCCGACCACUGACAUCUGUGGUUAGCAUCACUGUGUCACCGAGUCUGGAUUCGUUUGUCAGAGUUUUUACGAAAACAAACUCUUCAGCAGGGAGUGACAUUAAGAAUGUGAAGCACAAUGGCUGACAUUGAAACCUUGCAGGAGUAUGAGAGAAUUCAGGACUUUGAGGAGGAUUCGCCACCUGGAGAGGAGGAUUUAUUGCUUCAUGUGCCUGAAGGCCUUAAAGACUCAUGGCACCAUGUCAAGAACCUGGACAACUUCUUUACAAGAAUCUAUCAUUUCCACCAAAAAUAUGGCUUUGCUUGUAUGAUGCUGUCAGAGCUCUUUGAACUUGUUCAGUUUUUGUUUGUUGUCACUUUCACAACGUUCCUCAUCAACUGUGUUGAGUAUGAUGUCCUUUUUGCUAAUCGAGCUGUCAACCACACUGGACCGGGCCAGAACCCUUUGGAUAGGAACAAGGUCACACUUCCAGAUGCCCUCUUACUGACCCAGCAGUGCACUCAGAGAAUCCAAGAAAACAGCUGGAUUAUAUUCCUUCUCAUCAUGGCAGCCGUCUUCUGGAUCUAUCGACUCAUUAAAGUCUUCUGCAAUGUUCUGAGCUACUGGGAGAUCAGACAGUUUUACAUCAAAGCACUGAAGAUCAGAAUGGAUGAACUAUGCAAUUUCACAUGGCAGGAAGUCCAGGACCGGCUCAUCAGCCUGCAGCGAGAACAGCAAAUGUGCAUACACAAAAAAGAGCUGACAGAACUUGACAUCUAUCACCGCAUCCUGCGAUUCAAGAAUUACAUGGUGGCUAUGAUCAACAAGUCACUGCUACCAGUGCAGCUGCAGCUCCCCCUGCUGGGCAAUGUGGUGUUUCUCACCCAGGGUCUAAAAUACAACUUUGAGCUUAUCCUCUUCUGGGGCCCUGGCUCACUUUUUCAAAAUAAGUGGAACCUACACCCAAAGUACAAACGGAGUGGAAACCGCCUCGAACUCGCCCAGCAGCUUAGUAGAGUUAUCUUGCUAAUGGGUUUGGCUAACUUGCUGCUAUGCCCCUUCAUCCUAGUGUGGCAGGUGCUCUAUGCAUUCUUCAGUUACACAGAAGUGAUCCGCAGGGAACCUGGUAGCCUCGGUGCACGACGCUGGUCCCUGUACGGUCGCUUAUACUUGAGACACUUUAAUGAGCUGGAUCACGAGCUGCACAAACGUUUAGCCAGUGGUUACAAACCCACAUGUCAGUAUAUGAACUCUUUCACGUCACCUCUUCUGACUGUACUCGCGAAGAACAUUGCCUUCUUCUCGGGCUCAGUGUUGGCAGUGCUUAUUGCGCUGACAGUCUAUGAUGAAGACAUUCUGACGGUGCAGCACAUUCUGACUGCUAUCACCGUGUUGGGGGUGGUUAUCACUGUCGCCAGGUCCUUCAUCCCAGAUGAGCAUAUGGUAUGGUGUCCAGAACAGCUGUUGCAGUGCAUGCUCGCACAUAUUCACUACAUGCCAGACCACUGGAGGGGCAACGCUAACAACAGCGAGACUCGCGAUGAGGUGGCACAGUUGUUCCAGUACAAAGCGGUUUUUAUCUUGGAGGAGUUGCUCAGCCCUAUUGUGACUCCCUUCAUUCUCAUCUUCCUCCUGAGGAACAAGUCUCUGGAGAUCAUUGAUUUCUUCAGACAUUUCACUGUGGAGGUGGUUGGAGUUGGAGACAUCUGUUCUUUUGCACAGAUGGAUAUCAGGCGCCAUGGAAACCCAACAUGGAUGUCAGAGGGCCAGACAGAGGCUUCUGUGUACCAGCAGGCAGAGAACGGCAAGACAGAACUGUCCCUCAUGCACUUCACCAUUAAGAACCCUCACUGGCAGCCUCCACAGGACAGCUCCGUGUUCAUCAGCCACCUGAAAGAGAAGGUGCAGCACGAUGCGCAGGGAGGCCCCUCCCCCCAGGUGCUGCUUACCCAAGCACCUUUCUGCUCCUCCCUACAGUCCAAUGAGUCUCGAACAGUGCCUGAUAAUCUGCUGGCCAGUGUCCUAGCCCACCCCAUCCUAACUGCAUCUGGAUUACAAGGUCAAGACCAUCGCUUCAUCCCACCAAGCACUGCAGCGUCUGCUGCUGCCAGUGUCCUGGCAUCUUUGUCCCCCUCACAGGUUGUACACAGCGGCCGUGGCCACUCUCACGGCCUCCUGCCCUCAUCUGUCCAGCCUGAGAGCAACGUGUACCGCAGUGAUCACACUGUCAUGGACAGUAUGUCUCACAGUGAAUCCCGCAUCCGGAGCAGUGCACUGCUCUCUGAGUUUGCCUCAGCAGAGAUGAGUCUUCAUGCCAUCUACAUGCAUGAGCUCCACCAGCAGAGUUCCCACCCUCAAAGGACUCCAGGUCAGUGGCAGAAUCCAGUGCCAAUGCGAGAUCUCCACACCAACACAGGUUUCCAGACACAUGGUGCUUUUCCUGCCCAGCUUGGUGGAUGGAGAGAGGAAGAAGAGGAGGAUGAAGAUCAGGAGGUUUACAGCGGCACUACUUCAAACCAGGAUACCAAGAGUAUUUGCUAAAGUGCCUUAUGUCAUAAGUGUUUACAUUUUGCUUUCUUCAAUGAGCAUUGUGGCCUUUGAUGAUUUUUGUGGAGAAUUUAUCUUGGACCUUUAAGGUGUCAUUAAAAGGCUCUUUGAAUAACCACUGUUUCUGCACCGCCAUGCCUCAUCCUGUCGCAUCAAACAGACUAUGGCAUCAGGGAAACCGUACGUCUUCCGUCCUCUUCAUUGUAAUAUUGUCCUAAACUUGUAAAAAUGACUUGUGCAGAAAAAUGCAUAUAGUAAAGACAGCAUAGUGUAUUCCUGAGAAUACUGUGUGAUGGCGGGCUGUCACAGAAUGCAAAAGCCUCACCUCUGCACAACUCAAGCAUUUGUGUGGUUGGACAAAAGUCUAUUGGAAGCUUGAGUGGUUUGUGUUACCAAGACUGCAAGCAUUGUGACAGCUGCCUGGACAUUUUUAAUCCAUAAAGACAAAAAAAUAAAAUAAAAUCAGAUUGUGCUAUAGGACCCUUGCGAUUUGUGAAUACACUUUUGUGUCUUAUUUUUCCUUUUAAAAAAA